GGGAGUGAAGCCUUUAAUGGAUCCCAUAGUAGUGGGAAGCUGUUGAGAGAUCCUUGGACUUGUACAACAUGAGUAAGGAAGAGAACAUAAGGGGCCCCAAUGACAGUAUGCACAAAGAAAUAAAGAACAACAACAAGCAGCCUUUCCUCUAUCCUGAUGGAGAUGCCAAUGCUAACCAAAUCCCCAUGGAAGAAAGCCACACUGAGAGAGGCAGUUUAAUACCUCCCCUGUUGUCACACAGCAGCACUCAGGAAAGGAUUAUUAUUUGGGGCACACAUGCCCACAGUGAGGACCCAGAGCUGGAAGAGUUUGAAUUAUUAGAGUGUCAGGAAAUGGAAGCUUUUGUAACAGAGCGAGAAGUGAGAGGUCACAAUACAAGCAUAGAGGGUAAAAAGAAAAUCUUUUGUCAGAGACAGUCUACCCUCUCAUGUUUAGACCCUGCCAGUGACUUAAGCAAGACAGACCAAAAUGCCAACCACAGUGAGGAUAUAGAUGCAGAUCAAAGCACUCAGCCUCUGGACCUUAGGACAUCUGCCUCUAGGUCUGGAGAACAGAGGAGUCUGAGAGAGACACGUAGUAACUCAGAGAACAAUGUCUUUGUCCCCACCUUCUCAGCAGUGGGCAACCUCAGUGGAAGCUUGGCCAGUGCUCUUGACAGUGCAGGACAUACACAGUGUCCUUCUUCCCUACCCAGUAAGCCUACCUCAGAGAAGUGCCAGUUCCAGCAGCCAGCCACAAAUAAGUCCCUUAUCCUUUUUACACAAAGCAAAGACCAACUCAGAAAAAGGGAUCAGAAUCAUAGUCCUACUCUACUGCCUCAGGAACCAAGACAUGAGCGUAGAUCAAGCAUUGAAAAUGGCAACAGUCUGACUGAUAGGCAAUGCUGGAGUACAAACAGAGGCUACAACAGAGAAGAGAAUGUCCUGUCUGCUAAAUUCCAGAGCAAUUUUGAAAGAGUCCCACCUUCCUGCAGGCAGCUUGUACGUCCACUCUCUCCAGGAAUGGAGCCAAAGCUAACCUCAGGACAUCCUGCUUAUAAAGACACCCCUCAAGGAGAGAGAUCUUCUCCCUCUUCAGACCUAAAAGGUUUUAAAAACAGCAGUCAUCAGCCAGACCUAAAGGACCCAGUGCAAAUUAAUAAUAAUGCACCAUCUCUUAGCUCAGGCUUGGGGAUGCAAUCCAGCCAGACUUUUACCAAGGUAGGCUCUAUCCUAAGAAGGCAAGGUUCAGCUGAGAAUGCUGGUCCCCUGGACAAGAAGAGUCAUUUGAGCCGCAGAACCUACAGCAGCCCUACCAGGCCUUCAACCCCCCCAUCCCCAAAGAGUACAGGGUCUCCUCAGAGACGUCCCCCCAUCUCUCCUGGGAGAAGCCGAGUACCUUCUCGAGGCCCGCAGCUGGGUUAUGGUGCUUCUCAAGGGUAUGGCUUUGGCCUGAGACCUCCAGUCAAAACCACCAUCAACACAAAUGUUCAAACUCCUGUACCACAACAAAGCUCUAAUGUAACUUCUUCUCCACCAAAGUGCCCCCCAAAGCCGAAAAGUGUUCGCCCUAAAAUCAUCACCUAUAUACGCAAAAGCCCACAGAUUAAGCCCCAGGCCACUGAUAGCCCAUAUGAAGUCUCGUCACUACCCACUAAACUCUCAAACUCCACCAGUUCUCCAAAUGCCAAAACACCAGCAGUAGAGUCAGCGGGAGCUCCAGUGCUGAGUGCCUCUAACCUAUUAUAUGAAAAGUAUAGACAGGAGCUUCAGAAAGUCAGAAAUAUAUCACCUGAUUCAAUGGUGUCUGGGACAAAACCAUCCAGCCAAACCAUGCCUCACAAAGCUGUAGGGAGGACAAACAACUUCUGUGGCUCUCUGGGCAACAAAUUUUUGUCUGCAGCGAUUGCCUCUGGUGCCAAGGAUCUAUCAGAGUCCCAGACAGUAUCUCAAGAUACAGGAGGUUUUUUACAGCCUUCUCGAACCCUGAGACCCCAGCUUGGCGUUGGUGCCGUCAGCAAGUCCCCAUCUGCUGCUGCUAAGAGCAGGAUCUUCACAGCACAGAAGUCACCUCUAGCUCUCAGUCAACCAGUUCAAGCAGUGACUCCAUCAGUGACUGCACAAACCACCUCAAUAGUAACCCCAUCCCCUCAAAGCCCACCAGAGACGUCAGACCAGUGGAAGGCACCAUCAGCAGGACUGGCUGUUAAAUCCCUUUUGCCCAAACCAGCUCCAUCAGGCCUGCGCCCUCCCGGGUACUCUCGCAUCCCCGCUGCACGCCUUGCUGCCUUUGGCUUUGUCCGCAGCUCCAGUGUGUCUUCUGGAUCCAGCAACCAUUCCAGUGACAGCACACGAAGUGAUCCGUCCAGACCAACAAAUCGUCCUGCCGGUGUGAGCGAUGACCCCCCUUUCCACAGGGUGAUUACAGCUUCAUGCAGUGAGGGGCAGAAAGCACCAUCCCGCGGCAGCCUACAACCCCCCAGCACUCCUGUACCAACCCGCCGCCCACUGCUGCCUCCUCCACCAGGUUCCCCAGUUGGCUCCCGGAAAGACUUUCAGAAGUCUUCUGAAGGCUCUCAUUCGGCACUCUCAUCUCCAAAGCGUCUGGCUGUUGUUUCACCCAAACCCCAGUCCCCAGUCCUGCAGAGACAGAGGGCAGCAGCAGUGCGAGUCCCCGGAGUUCCUGGGGGCCCGGGUGUGCAGAUCAUAGGAACCAGUGGUUCCCCAGGCUCAGAAAAGAAAAAAGAAGAUGUACAAAGGAAGGAGAAAGAUCGAAAAGAGCAGGAGAAGCAAGAGGAGGAGAUCCUCCGGCUGCAGGCUCAAUGCAAGGAGCAGAAUGGACAGCUGCUGACUCUCCGGGCUGAGCUGAAGAGGACAGUGCUCCGUCUGGAUGUGCUAGCCGUCUGCACCCAGCACUUCUGUCUGAAGAGUGAAAAUGCUGAGCAGAAAGAGAAGGAGUUGUCUCUGGAGCUCAGCCAUAUUCAAGAGGAAGUGGUCUGCACCUCUGCUCGAUGGAGGCUGCUGCAACAGGAAAAGGUUGCACUAGAGCAAAGUUUUGCACUGCAGCUGAAGGAGCUCCAGGAGCAGCAGGAGGCUGAACUUGCCACUCUGGAGGAAGAGCUCAGAGCACGGCACGCCUCUGACACAGACCACCUGAGGGCUGAGUACCAGUCACAUGUGGAGGAACUACGAACCCAGCAACAGGAGCAGAUUGAAGAGCUAACAGCUCAACAUGAGUCAGGCUUGGAAGACCUGAGAACCAUGCACGACGUGACCAUGGCAAGUCUGCAGGAGGAGCAUGCAAGGAGCAUGAGAGACCUGAGGAAAGCCCAUGAAAAACAGAAAGCUGCUCUAGAGACUGAUUUUGAAAAGCAUAAACUCUCCCUUCAGGAUCAAGUUGACAUGCUGACAUUUCAGAAUCGAGCAUUACAGGACAAAGCCAGACGCUUUGAAGAGGCGUUAAGGAAGAGUGCAGACGAGCAGAUACUGGAUGCUCUAGCCCCAUACAAGCACAUUGAGCAAGACCUUAAGAGCCUCAAGGAGGUGCUGGAGAUGAAGAACCAGCAGAUACAUGACCAGGAGAGGAAAAUCUGCCAUCUAGAGAAAGUGCAGGCCCAAAAGAACAUAUACCUGGAGGAGAAGGUACAGGUUCUCCAACAGCAGAAUGAAGACCUGAAGGCCCGCAUCGACCGCAAUGUUGCCAUGUCCAGGCAGCUUUCAGAGGAGAAUGCUAAUCUCCAGGAGCACGUGGAGAGGGAGUCUAACGAGAAGAAGCGCCUGAGCCGUAACAACGAAGAGCUGCUGUGGCUACUGCAGACAAGUCCCCAUCUCUCUCCCUCCUCCUCGCCCAGCCACAGAGUCUUCUUUGCAGGGUUUGAUAAUCCCCCCCAUCCUGGCUCUCCCAGCCCAGGAACCCCCACACACUCGUAUUCCCCUGGACCCUGCACGCCGGUACAUAAAUUGGGCUCUCCUGGCCCAGGUACUCCGACUCACAGAGCAUCACCAGCAGCCAGGAGCUCCCCAGCACGAGCCCCCAAUGCCAACACACUUCCCAGAUAAGCUUUUUGAAAAAAACAUAACCAGUAACAUGUUACUUACAUGUCUUGUUUAAUCACUCUUUAUUCUGUCUUUCAAUCUUUUUCAAGUGCUAUAAUUGUAUGACUAUUGUUGCCCAUUGAUUAUAGUGUAAAAACACAGAGUGAGGAGUUUUUAUCAUGUCAACAUUUUUCUAAGAUUAAUGUUUGCACAUAGAUUCUGACUGUCAGAUUGGAUCCAUAUGUCUUGAUGUCAGACCCCAAAUCUUUUUGAUAUCUCAACCACAUCUUAUAAAUCAGUGCAACUUCAUCUCUACGUGCUGUACUCUAUAGUGCAUUUGAAGCCUCCAGCCUUCUCAUUCUAAGGCAGGACACAAACAGGCCAAUAUUAUACACAACAGAAGCCUUUUGUAUCCAACCCACACAUUCUCAGCCUUCUAAGUGAUUAGCACACCAGCAGGUUACUGUGUUCAGAACAAAAGCAUUCUGUAUAUUUUAACCUCACCCAAUGUGUAAUAGUAAAGUCUGCUGUUACCAUACUUUUAUCCUUAGACUUUACAGUCAUGUAGUUUUGCUUGGGGCAUGGUUGAGGUCACUGGCAGGCCUUAAAGUCUGGAUGCAGUAAUGGAAAUGAGGGCGCCACAGAUGUUGAACUCAAGAAUCGGUUUGCUUAAGUAUCACUUCCUGCCCUAGUCUUGCUUUUGUGAUCUAGGGAAAACAAAUUAAUCAGCUCAUACAGUAGCACACUGUUAAACAUUUUAACACUAGCAGCAUGACCUGGACUUUAUACCAUACAUAAUUUUACAGCAAUUAUAUAUGUUCAAUCCAGAAAGUGGAGUUUUAAGUUCUUUAACACCCAAAACAAACAUAAUAUCAUGUGGGGGCGUCUUGGUGGAUUGGAUACUGGUUAAUAAUUGUGCUUUUGCAUGUAAAGCACAUCUAUAAUGUUUCAGAGACAUACCUAGUGUUAAGUGGCCUUUACUAUAAUCUUUGCUUCAAAUACUACAAUGCAUUAGCAACUGAAAUAUUGAAAAAAAAAAGAAGCUGAUGGGUAAAGAUAUGGUAAAGGAACAUGGGUAAAGAUGAUCACGAUAGCUACUUAGUUAGCUACACUAAAAUAUAGGGUAGUAUGAAUAAAUACAUUAUUACCAGCAUAACAGUAUGACAAAGGUAAUAUGUUUCAUAUUAAGAAAUCAAGGAGCAUUUUAAUAAUAUUUUUUUCUUAAAUAUUUCUUUAAAAUUUCAGAAAGUUAAGUGAAAAUUUCAAAGAACACCUUUUAGACAUAAAAAAAAAAUAUAUAGCAAGUUUAAAUACUGUAUAGAACUGUGCCAGAAUAUUGAUUUUGCAAUCU